AUGUUUCAGCGGAACAAAGCCCUCGUGACAGCACACAAUUCGAAAGAAGGCAUAACGUGGACUGCCGCUGUGAACGUCUUCGCAGACUACACAGACGCUGAGUUCAAGGCCUUGUUAGGCCACCGCCGGCUGGGCCGCUGGUGGCUUCCGACACCGUCCCUCCGUCAACAGGCCUCUUCGGUGGUCCGGCGUGCGCAGGAGGAACUUGCUGCGGAAGUGGACUGGCGCAGGAACCUGGUGACCACGAACUUUGUCCAUCAACAGGGGGCUUGCGGAUCCUGCUGGGCUGUGGCAGCUGCUGGUGCGAUUGAUACCCAGGCUGCAGAGGAUGAGCUUUAA